AGCUGCUUGCUAUACAGAUGCUUCCCAAAGAAGGAUUCCGGCAUUUCGUUAAAAGAAGGGGAAAACAGCAGAUCACAAAUGCAAAGCAGUCUUGCGAAACGGGAAGGUCCCAGACACUAAGAAGAAACGAGAGUGUUUUCUAUUCUGCAUUCCGCUGAGAUUUUGAGGCAGUCAAUUUAUCGCCGAGGAGAUGGAUCGAGGGCAAGGAGGGAAUGGCAGAGCAAUCCGAAGGCAAGUACUAUCGCUCUUAGUCUUGUCGCUUUCCUACCGGGCCGUCUCCGAACAGAUUCAUUAUUCGAUCCCCGAGGAGAUGUCAAAAGGUUCUAUAGUGGGGAAUCUUGCAAAGGAUCUAGGACUGGGUCUCAAAGGACUGGCAAGUCGCAAAAUGCAUGUCAUCUCUCUGGACGAGGUGCAGUAUUUCACAAUCAGUGCAGGAAAUGGAAACCUCUGUGUGAAUGACAGGAUAGAUAGGGAAGAAAUAUGUGGCCAAAUCCCACGAUGUGUUCUUAAUCUUAAAGUGGUUAUUGAAAAUCCGUUAAAUAUUUACCAUCUAAAAAUAGAGAUACAAGACAUUAAUGAUAAUUCUCCACAGUUUCUCAAUAGCAUAAUCCAGUUGGAGAUAAUUGAAACAACACAAAUAGGCACCAGAUUCCUUCUUGGGAAUGCCAAAGAUCCAGACAUUGGCACAAACGCUUUACAGAAUUAUCAUCUUAGCACCAAUCCUUACUUUACUUUGGAUGUGAAAGAGAGUCAAGAUGGAAAUAAAUUUGCAGAUUUAAUACUGCAGAAACCACUUGAUCGCGAAAGUGAACCAACAGUUCAGCUAACACUUACUGUGCUAGAUGGCGGGAAACCCAGAAAAACUGGAACAGCCCAAAUAUGGAUCAAUGUCACUGAUGCCAAUGAUAAUCCACCUAUAUUUACCCAAGAAAUCUACACUGUCAAUCUGAGGGAAAAUUUACCAGUUGGGUUCCUGGUGCUGCAACUUGUAGCUUCAGAUAAAGAUGAAGGCUCAAAUGCACAAAUCAGAUAUUAUUUCAGCAAUAUACCGCUGAGUGCAAAUAAGAAGUUCAGCCUAGAUUCAACCAGUGGAAUGAUUUCUCUUGUGGAACCAUUGGACUUUGAGGAAAGCUCAGAAUAUGUGAUGACUGUAGCAGCAAAAGAUGGAGGUGGAUCAAUGACCCAUUGUAAAGUAGAAAUAAAGGUCCUUGAUGAGAAUGAUAAUGUGCCAGAAAUGAUGUUUGCAUCCAUUUUUAAUCCAAUUCUGGAAGAUUCUGAGACUGGUAAAGUUAUUGCUCUAAUUAAAACAAAUGACAAAGACAUGGACAAUAAUGGAAAGGUCAUUUGUUAUUUAGAAAAUGACUUGCCAUUCAAGAUUCUUCCAUCAUCUGAUAACUAUUACACUCUCUUGACAGAUAAACCUUUAGACAGGGAAAAAGCAUCUCAAUAUAAUAUUACAAUCACAGCCACUGACAAAGGAACUCCUCCAUUGACCACCCACAAAACCAUCUUGCUGCAGAUCUCUGAUAUCAAUGACAAUGCUCCUGCUUUUGAAAAAGCUUCCUACAGCAUCUAUGUGCCAGAGAACAAUCCUUCUGGUGCCUCCCUCUUCCAAAUUCAAGCCUUUGAUCCGGAUGUGGAUCAAAACUCCCAGAUCACAUAUUCAAUCCUCACCAGCAACAUUGAAGAACUUCCCAUCUCCUCCUAUAUCUCCAUUCACUCUGAGAACGGCAUCAUCUACGCCCAGCGAUCCUUUGACUAUGAGCAGUUCAGGGAAUUCAAACUACAGGUGAAGGCCCAAGAUGGCGGGAGUCCCCCUCUCAGCAGCAACGUCACAGUCAAGGUGUUCAUCCUGGAUCGGAAUGACAACAGCCCCCAGAUCCUGUCCCCUUCACCAGACUCCAAGGACUCUGCCCUCUUUGAGAUGGUCCCUCGUUCAGCCGAGGCAGAUUAUCUGGUAACAAAGGUGGUGGCCGUGGAUGCUGAUUCUGGACACAAUGCCUGGCUCUCCUACCAGCUGAUUCAAGCCACAGAACCGGCCCUCUUCAUUGUUGGCUCCCAUACGGGUGAGAUCAGGACAACAAGAACCUUUUUGGAAAGAGAUGCUGUGAAACAGAGACUGGUCCUUCUGGUGAAGGAUAAUGGACAACCGACUCUCUCGGCCUCUGUCACUCUGAACCUGGUGUUUGCUGAGAACUUCCAAGAGGCCCUUCCAGAGAUGAAAAACCAAAUGAAGAGUUCAGAGGAUCAGUCGGACUUGCAAUUCUAUUUGGUGGUGGCCUUAGCUGUGAUGUCAUUUUUAUUCUUCUUGUCAGUCAUUCUGGUCAUUGCAAUCAAACUCAGGCAGUCCGGAAAGUCCAGUUUCUUACCAUGUUUUGCUCCCAUUUCCCAUUCCACAGCUGGGGUAAUAUUUCCACCCAAUUUUCAGGAUGGGACUCUGCCUUAUUCCUACCAGCUUUGCCUCUCCUCAGAAUCCAGAAAGAAUGAAUUUACCUUCCUGGCACCAAACAUUCAUGUUGCAGAAAAUGUGCUUAGUGGUGAAAAAACUGAGAUGCCUCUUUCAAGCAAUGGAGAAAAAACAUUACAAUCUGAGAUGGAGAAUAAUGAGAAGACUCCUCAGCUUACUGGAUUGCACAAAGCACUUUUCACCGCAGGUGAGAUGGACGGCAGGAGCAAAGCUAAGAGCAGAUCUGUAAAAAGGCAAGUACGUCUCCUCUUCUUAUUGUCUUUCGUCUGCCAGACCGUCUCAGAGCAUCUUCGCUAUUCAAUUCCAGAGGAAAUGGGAAAGGGUUCCGUUGUGGGGAAUCUUGCCAAGGAUCUGAAACUGAGUAUUGCUGAAGUGGGAAAUCGCAACCUGCAUAUCCUUUCUUUAGGCAAAAAGCAAUACUUCUCCAUUAAUGCUGAAAAUGGGAAUCUGUAUGUAAAAGACAGGAUUGACAGAGAGGAAAUCUGUGGGGAAACUGCACUCUGCUCCAUCAGUUUUGAAAUGGUGAGUGCAAACCCCAUGGAAAUAUUUUACAUAACAGUAGAGAUCCAGGAUAUUAAUGACAAUGCACCACAUUUCUUAAAUGGUGAUAUCAAGCUAGAGAUAAUUGAAUCCACUUUACCAGGAGCAACGUUUCUUCUUGAACAAGCAGAAGAUCCUGAUAUUGGAACAAAUUCCCUCCAGGAUUAUCAUCUAAGUAUUAAUGAGAAUUUCAUACUUGAAUUUAGACUGGUGGAAAAUAGAAAACAAUAUCCAAAAUUAGUGCUAAAGAAACAGUUAGAUCGUGAAAGUGAAAGCUGCAUUAAUUUAACACUUACUUCUGUUGAUGGUGGUAAUCCAACAAAGCAUGGAACAGCCAAAAUAUGGAUCAGAGUCAUUGAUGCCAAUGAUAAUGCACCCAUCUUCAGUCAAGAACUUUACAUGGUCAGCCUCAAAGAGAAUGUAUCAAAAGGAUCUACUGUAAUACAGGUAGAAGCCACAGACAAAGACGAAGGUUCCAAUGGCCAAAUCAACUAUUUCUAUAAAAAUAUUGCUGAUAAUGCUAUUCGGAAAUUUGACUUGGAUUCCAAACAGGGAUUUAUUUCAAUUCACGAAGAGCUAGACUUUGAGGAAACAGAGAAAUAUGUCAUAGCAGUGGAAGCAAGGGAUGGAGGUGGGCUAGUAGCACACUGUAAUGUUGAAAUAACGGUAUUAGACGUAAAUGACAAUGCCCCAGAAUUGAUUCUUGCCUCCUUAUCCAGGGAAAUACCUGAAAACUCUGCAUUAGAAACAUUGGUAGCCCUCAUCAAUAUAAAUGAUAGAGAUUCAGGGAAUAAUGGGAAGAUUAAUUGCCAUUUACAGAAUGCUUCCCCAUUCAAAAUAGUAUCAGCAGCGAAUAACUACUAUAAGUUGCUUACAGAUGGUCCCCUAGACAGAGAAAGCACCCCAGUGUACAAUCUUACAAUCACAGCCACAGACAAAGGUACGCCCCCUCUUUCUACACAGAAAACCAUCUCAUUGGAGAUUUCAGAUAUCAAUGAUAAUGCCCCUACCUUUGAGAAAUCCUUAUACAAUGUUUAUGUGGCAGAGAACAAUCCUGCUAGCUCCUCCAUCUUCAGAAUCAAAGCUGUAGACCCUGAUCUUGGUGGCAACGCUAGGAUCACCUACUCCAUCCUCACUAGCAAAAUAGAGGCACUGCCUCUCCCAUCUUACCUCUCCAUUAACUCAGAAAGUGGCACCCUCUAUUCUCAAAGGUCUUUUGACUAUGAGCAACUCAGAGAGUUUGAAGUACAGGUGAAGGCUGAAGAUGGAGGCUCCCCGCCUCUCAGCAGCAAUGCCACAUUGAGAUUGUUCAUCCAGGACCAAAAUGACCAAAGCCCUCAAAUUCUGUAUCCCUCUCCAGGAGCAGAGGGCUCAGCCUCCUUUGAGAUGGUGCCUCGCUCGGCAGAGAUGGGAUACCUGGUUACAAAGGUGGUGGCUGUGGAUUCUGACUCUGGGCACAAUGCCUGGCUGUCUUAUCAUCUACUUCAAGCUACUGAGCCAGGACUCUUCACAAUUGGUGCCCACACGGGUGAAAUCAGGACACUGCGGACGUUUCUGGAAAGGGAUGCUUUGAAACAGAAGCUUGUGGUCUUGGUGAAGGAUAAUGGGCAACCCCCGCUCUCUGCUACAGUCAGUCUCAAUCUGAUCUUUGCUGAAAACUUCCAAGAGGCACUGCCAGAAAUAAAUAACCAAACCAUGGAUUCAGAGCAACAGUCUGAGCUCCAGUUCUAUCUAGUGCUGGCCUUAACUUUGAUCUCCUUUCUGUUCCUCUUGACUGUAACUCUAGUUAUUAUGAUGAAACUCCGACAGUCGGGGAAUCUGACAUUUCUUCCAUGCUUUGCUCCCAUUCCCCAUUCAAGCAAUGCCAUUAUAUUCCCACCCAAUUAUGAGGAAGGGACUAUUCCUUAUUCCUAUCAGCUCUGUUUAUCAUCCGAGUCCAAGAUACACGAAAUUACUUUUCCAGCACCCAAAGUUCAACCUGCAGAGUAUAUUUCAUGCAACCAAAAAUAUGAUGUGCUUUUGGCAAGCAAUGAAGGCAAUAUCCCAAAUUCUGAGAUGGAUAAAACUAAUUUGACUAUAAAAACAAUGCAAGAAAUUACCUUAAAAAGUAUUGACCGGGGUAAAAGGAAAGAAGCACUGACUCCAAAAUUAUAA